AUGUCGCUGCCAAAAAUCCCGGAGGACGACAGUUUGAGCCAAAGACGCGCAUCGACUAGCCCGUCCUGGAGCGACGAUAAUGGGCAACCUCGCUUCAUCUUCGUGCUCGAGAAGAAUCAGCCGGAAACACGCACUCAUGCUAUGCGAACACACUGGCAGGAGCGGCGGAAGCGAAAGACAGAGAUAAGACUGUCCGAUCAAACAACCAGACUAUUACGUGCGAAGCCGGAAAAGUCAAAUUCUAGUAUGUCGACGCAGAAAAGAGUGCAAGAUUCGAGAUCUUACACCGUCGACUCACGGGAUACUAAUUCGACCACCCCACAAGAGAUCGGACAGAUAGUAGAUGCAUCACGCGUGUUAGCAGGUAUCCCCACACAGUUUCUAACUGGGAUAAACUAUGCAUUGAGCUCAUCGAGAUUGGAUCCUUUUGACGUUUUCCCUGUGACUCUGACCACUGAACACCAUAAACUAAUAAAUCACUGGCUGGUCACACAUGCAACAAUGAUGUUUGGGAAGAUGCCCGCAUCUGAAUUCAACCCCAUGCGAGACGUAUGGUUUCCUCUUGACCUCUCCAAUGCCGCUUCUUUCAAUGCGAUCAUGGCCCAUUCUGCGGCACAUCUAGCCUACCUUUAUAGUGGUACGGCGCCUACCUGUGGAACCAAUUCCUCUCAGGCUUUAAAAUAUAAAGCAAACGCAAUUCUGAUAUUGAGGGAAUGGAUGAAUGACCCGGAGAAGUCGUUAAGUAACGACGCGUUUGCGGGUACUGUGCGGCUUCUUACCUUUGAAAGAUACUGGGGUGCCGAAGAAGAAUGGAAAAUCCACCGUGGCGGGCUACAGCGAAUGAUCGAAGCGAGGGGAGGUCUUCACGAGCUCCACAGUGAUUGGAGAUUAGAACUGGUGGUCGGCCUGGUAUCACUUAUGUCUGAACCAUCUUGGUUUUCGCCUGCCAACAAUAUCUCCAGCAUCACCUGUCCGGAUUUCCUGCGAAACGCCAUGUUGGGAAUGGACUUUGAUAUCAAACACAUGCGUUCUAUAUGGCUAAUAUCCUUCAUCCAAGACAUACGCAAUUUGAUGAGUAUGUCGUCGCAUCUCUAUGGAAACGGACUUACAAAGUUCCCUGCGCUACAUGAUGCCGUCUUACUCAUCCUAUCUGAUUUUAAGACAGAUACCGACUUUUCAUCAUCUUUGAUGGACUAUGAUAGACUUGAAUUGCUGUUCUCAAUUUCUAUCAUGAUGCAAGAGUCGAUAAGUCUCAGCUAUAUCCACCCAACACACUCACCACUCACUACUAAAGAUGAUACUCUACAGCUACUAGAUAUAUCCCUUCUUGCAGCUCCGGAAGCCUCAAAAACUUCAGUUCAUGCUCUUCUAUCUUUCUUACGCACAUAUUUUCUUGAGUUUGGUCUAUCCGGUGUCCACAAAAUUGAGUAUGUCAUGCAAAUGACAGAAAUAGUCACCCAUUUGAGUCUGGAGGCUCAUCGGGGUAUUGAAAAAUGUCUGCUCAAUAUGUUUUGUCGGAUGAAAAACGCAGUGAUGGUUUUUCACCCAGAUGAAGGGGCAACGCCAGAUUCAUUGUUAUCUUUUGUGCAUGGGCAGUGA